UGACCAGCAGAGUCAGCGAGCUAAUUCUAACCUUUCCCUGAUCAUAACCACUCAUUUCCCAUCCCCAGGUUGCAUGCCAAACUUCAUUAUCACCAGUGGGGAAGGAAGCUGCAGCCCGUUCCCACUCGACUCUUUCCCCGCCAGUGAGCAGCGGCAUCCCGGGGCUCCGCUGCGUCAACACAGCAGUUGCUGAUUAAAACAAUACACAUAUACACAUUUCUGACAGAGACACAAACAUGUCGACGGCGAGGAAAACGGCGCUAAGUGAAAACACACUCUUUGGGAUGGGAAAUCCCUUGCUUGACAUUUCGGCUGUGGUCGACAAAGAUUUCCUCGACAAGUUCGGGCUGAAGCUCAAUGACCAGAUCCUCGCAGAAGACAAACAUAAAGCCUUGUUUGAAGAAAUUGUCAAGAGGAACAAAGUUGAAUAUCAUGCCGGUGGUUCGACCCAGAACUCUGUCAAAAUUGCUCAGUGGAUGAUCCAGAAACCCCAAAAGGUGGCCACUUUCUUCGGGUGCAUUGGCGCCGACCAGUUCGGGGAGAUUCUGAAGGAAAAAGCCGCAGAGGCCCACGUGGACGCGCAUUACUACGAACAGAACGUGGAGCCGACCGGUACCUGUGCGGCUUGCAUCACCGGGGACAAUAGGUCCUUUGUUGCUAACCUGGCGGCGGCAAACUGCUACAAAAAGGAACAGCACCUGGACUUGGACAGCAACUGGGAGCUGGUGAAGAAGGCCAAGGUUUAUUAUAUUGCGGGAUUUUUCCUCACCGUCUCCCCGGAGUCCAUCAUGAAAGUGGCGAAGCACGCUUCAGAUAACAACAAAAUAUUCUGCAUGAACCUCUCAGCACCUUUCAUCAGCCAGUUCUUCAAAGAGCCCCUGAUGGAGGUCAUGCCUUACGUCGACAUCUUGUUUGGCAACGAGACGGAGGCGGCCACAUUUGCCAAAGAGCUCGGCUUUGAGACUGAUGACAUCGCAGAGAUUGCGAACAAGACCCAAAAUCUACCCAAGGAGAAUACCAAAAGGCAGCGAGUGGUGGUCUUCACGCAGGGCAAGGAGGACACGGUCGCAACUGUUGGCGAUGAGGUGACGAUGUUCCCAGUUUUGGACAUCGACCAGAACGAUAUCGUGGACACAAACGGAGCCGGAGACGCCUUUGUGGGAGGGUUCCUCUCUGCGUUGGUCCAGGAGCAGGCGUUGGAGGAGUGCAUCCGGGCCGGACACUACGCCGCCAACGUCAUCAUCCGACGGGUCGGGUGCACCUUCCCCGAGAGGCCGGACUUCCACUGAUGCGUCCGAGCACCGCACAUAUAUCUGUUCCGCGAGAUACUCGUAUAUGCACGCUUCAGGAUUUUAUAUACGUUUUUAUUUUCUAUUUACAGCGACUCACUGCAUGGGACUAGCUUCUACAGCUUGGAUAUACUAUCAAGCUUUAAAAAAUACAACUCAGAUGUUUGAAUACAAUUCAAGUGUGCUGGUGUCAAGUAUUGGAAUAAAAUGUUUAAAGGAG